AGGGGAGGAUGGGGAUUUCGGUCAAGAGAGUGGUCGAAGUCCUGGUAUCUCUCUUUCUCUCUAGCGUCGCGAUCCGUGUCGAGGGUGUGGUGUCGUUGUGAUUUUCAGCAGUCAAGAUGACGACGAGACUGAAAAAGAAUCGUAAGAAGAGAGGACAUGUAAGUGCUGGUCACGGAAGGGUUGGCAAGCAUAGGAAGCAUCCUGGAGGUCGUGGUAAUGCCGGAGGUAUGCACCACCACCGAAUAUUGUUCGACAAAUGGCAUCCUGGUUACUUCGGGAAGGUCGGUAUGAGAUAUUUCCACAAGACUAUGAACAAGUUCCACUGCCCCAUCGUGAACGUCGACAAGUUGUGGUCUUUGGUGCCCGAGGAUGUGAAGGCAAAGGCUAACGGCGAAUCCGCCGCUCCAUUGUUGGAUGUAACUCAACACGGAUACUUCAAGGUGCUCGGAAAGGGAGGUCUUCCUACUCAGCCUAUGGUCGUCAAGGCCAAGUUUUUCUCGAAGCUCGCCGAGAAGAAGAUCAAGGACGCCGGUGGUGCCGUCAUUUUGACUGCCUAGAAAGCCUGGAAGCCAGCUUAACUGAUUACAAGCAGGUAGCAGCCCCGGAGCUCAAAUUUCAGUGGGGUUGAAGAUAUGUAGACAUACAGGUCAAUUGAAAGUUUGCUUGUUCGAGGACGAAUUCUCAAUCGAGGUUAUUCGAACAGGUCAUUAAUUUCCAUCUCACCAGCUCACGCUGCUUUCUUGAUCCUCUGUAUGCCUGCUGAAUUAAAUGAAACUAUAUCAUAUGGAUCCAAAAGUAGACCCAUUUCGAUCUUCAGUC